ACCUCUCAUCGUCCUAACCUUGCUACACUCAAUCUUCUAAAUCAUGUCAAAACGCGCAGGUUCCCCUCCACCCGGUGGUGCUCUUAUCAAGAAAGCACGCUCACGCUCACCUGUCGCGAACCAAAUCGCGAUAUCCUCGUCGAAUGAUGAGCGACAGCAAGGUCUCAUACGAACGGUGAAGCGGACGAGUAGUUUGGAAGCACCUAUCAUCAGUCUCUCUGGUUCACAUGGGGCCGAAAUCCUGAGCUGUAGAUUCGAUCCUACAGGCCAGAAUAUUGCCGCAUGCUCGGCGGACAGAAGCGUUUCACUAUGGCGAACCUAUUCUCCAAAUACAAACUAUGGCCUGCUGUCCAAUAUCCACAAAGCACCAAUUCUUGACCUGCAAUGGUCUCUUAUAUCAUCGCUGCUCUAUACCGCGUCUGCGGAUUCAACAAUCAAUGUCAUCGACGUUGCCACUGGAGAGCGCGUACGAAAACUCAGAGGACACCGCGGUAUCAUCAACUCACUUGAUAGAACUGUUGCAGGAGGAGCUGGGACGGAGUUGAUUGCAUCUGGAAGUGAUGACGGCACAGUUAGGAUAUGGGAAGGUGGUGAUGAAGGUAGUAAACAUCCCGUGGCGAUAUUCGAGGUAGGAUGUCCCGUUACCUCGGUUUGCUGGAGCGCGGACGGGGCGAACAUCUAUGCUGGUGCACUGGACAACGAGAUUCACGUGCUUGACCUUCGCAAAAACGAACAAGUGUAUACCCUACAAGGUCACACAGACACUCCAACCUCUCUCGCACUCUCGCCCAACGGCAAUUUCCUUCUUUCAUCGUCGUUAUCUUCACAGACACUCAUCCAUGAUGUCCGUCCCUUCUCGCCUUCUCCUUCGAGAGUGCACCGGGUGCUCAUGGGUGCACCCGCUGGAUUUGAGAACACCCUGCUGAGGGGCGCCUGGAGCAAAGACGAUGGGGGUAGACGCGUCGCUGUUGGUGGGGCGGAUAGGACCGUCUGUAUCUGGGACGUUGACAGUGGGAAGCUGUUGUAUAAGUUGCCUGGUCACAAGGGAACAGUUACUACUGUUGACUUCCACCCGAAGGAACCCAUCAUCCUCACUGGAAGCAAGGAUGGUACCAUGCUUCUUGGCGAGAUCGAACCCGCUGCUGCUAUUUAGUGACACUUUGUACUAGUAUGAGACUAUAGCUAUGAUGUACUUCGAGUGAACUAUAGCCAAUGUCUGACAGCUGUUAGGCAUGGCUGGCAUGUGCACUAAGAUUCACUGCCUCGCAGAAUGUCUAGAUUGGGGAUGACAUGAGCACUUCAUUUCCAGGUACAUUUCACUAUGUUACAUCUAUUCAUACACUGCCUUC